AUGGAGAUAGCAAAUAUUUUCAAAAAACUGUUAAAACAAAAUAUAGCAUACACAGAAAAUAACUCCGUUUUUGAUGUUUUUAAAAAACAAAAUGAAGGAUCACAAAAUGUAAGUGAAAAAAAGCUGGAGGGAGAAAAGCUACUUGAAGAAAAAACUGAUACAAACAAACCAACAGAAGAAGAUAAAUUAAAAGAGCAACACCUUUUACAAUAUACAAAUAAUUUUGAUGCUCCUAAUGCAUUAUUAUUUGAAAAUCUAAAUAAAGAAUAUAAAUUUAUUACUACACAAGAUAAUUUUGAUGGAUUUCGUUUUGAAGUGGAUAAAAAUGUGAAUAAAUAUUUACAGUCAACACAUACCUUAUUUCUAGGUACAACCCUCAGAGAUGUUGGUUACUUAUAUCAGUUUGGAGCUAAUUUUACGGAUAGUGAUAAUAGUUUAUUGAUGAUUAGUAGAGUAAAUAUUGAUGGUAGUGUAAAUGGUAGGUUUUGUAAAAAGAUUAAUAACGCAAUAGAUUGUAAAUUAAAUUUUAAUACAUAUGCAAAAAGUGAUACAAGAAAUAUGUAUGAAAUGUCAGUAGAAGUAAAUAAACCAUUACAUACGUAUAAUUUUAAGAGUAUAUGGCAAGGGGCAUGGAUAUUUAAUGCAACAUAUACUCAAUUACUAACCAAAAAAUUUCAAGCAGGUGUUGAUUUAACAUAUAUUGCAUCAAAUUGUGCAUCCAUCGGUUCCUUUGGGUUACGUUAUAAUCACAAAAAUAAUGUUUUAACAAUGCAAGUAGUUAGACAACCAAAUUUUAAAUCACCAGAAUUUAUGCUAAAUCAAACUCAUUUAUAUAAAAUACAAUAUGCUAAGAAAAUAUCAGAUCGUUUAUCUGUGGGAACAGAGCUUGAAUUAACUCCUCAGACGAAAGAGUCCGCCAUGAGACUUGGUUGGGAUUAUUCUUUUAGACAUGCAAAAGUUCAAGGCUUAAUUGAUACUAGCGGAAAAAUUUCUGUUUUUACGCAAGAUUACUCAGGUUUUGGUGUUAGUGGUUACAUAGAUUAUUUAAACAAUGAAUAUAAAUUUGGAUUUAUGAUGCACAUCUCACCUUCGCAGGAGCAGCCACAGCAGGCCCCGUCAUAG